AGAAACAUCUACCCUGUGUCAAAUUUUGGCAAAGCCACCAAUGGAAGUAUAUUAUGUCUUCAUGAACUUUGAUCCUGAGUACAAUCGUCUGCGCGCAGAUGGGUCAAAGAAAGGGAAUGAGACUCUCUAUGCCUACCUAAGCAACAAGCACAACAGGUUGCUUGCGGAGCUUCUCCGACCGAACACCUACAAGAAAAUCUCCUCCUUAGCAAUCAUCGAUGCCUUCGCUGUUGAAAUAACCCAAGAACAGGCGAGCGUAUUACGAUCAUCUAAAGAGGUGAGGCUGGUGGAGAAGAACCAGGAGAUAGCUUGAUUCACAUCAAGAGAUGUAUGCAUUGAAGAAGAUCGAAGUAGUAGUAGUAUGAGUUAAUUACAAUAUGAUCAUGACCCUCGUCUAUUAUCAUCAGAUCGAUCUUCUGGAUAACAUUGUACUACAUGCUAGCUAGAGCCGGUUCUAGAUAUUCAAUUCUCACAUCGGCCGUUUAUUAACAUAACUCAAAAUUUUUUUUUUUCCGCUCAGUAAUCUCUUCUAUUAGCACACUAUGUAUGUGUCAUUAGAACGAACUCUUAGAUACAGAUAAUAUUAAUUAGCAUGGUGUUGUAAUAGUUAGAAACUGAACAUGUUUUUUGUUUAGUAGUAUGACUUUUCUAUUUUGUUCUCAUCCUUAAUUAAAGAUGUCAAUGUCUUUAAGAUCUUACAGUAGUUGCUAAGGAGAUCUCUUUAUUAACUUCUUAAGUCGACUUGUGA